CGUCUGGUGAUGAUUUCCAGAUAUCUUUUGUACUAGGCGAAGUGGCGAACUUACAUCGAUUAUUUUAAUAAAUUUAAAAUCGGCUUGCAUGCUCGCAUGCAUGUGUAAUUUGUUAAUUGUUGUAAAUCGUUAAAUGGACUUUCUUAUUGCGUUAAAAAGCUAAAAACAUCGCUGGCAGAUUAAGCGUUAAAGAACCGAUACUAGAGAAAAGGUGUGUGUGUCAUAAUUUUUCACAACUACCAAAUCAAGUAGCAAGCAAAAAAAAUUGGUGCAAGCAAAAAAAAGAAAAGAAACGGAUUAAGCUCUACUCUCGAAACAAAGUAGCGACUAUUAGAGAAAAAGUGUCGUGUGGGUGUAAGCACUACAUCAUAAUUUUUCACAACUACAAAUCAAGAAGCAAAAAAUUAGUGUAAAAACAAACGAGAAAACGUUGCGAAAAGUGAAUUUGUGCGGCACAUAAGUUUUGGUUUUGGCCAUCGGACCAGCAGAACUCGGACAACGACAUGGCAGAGGACACAGAGUACAAAAAGCUUCCGGUUGAUGAGCGUUGCGUUCACAAACUAUGGAAGGCUCGUGUGGAUGGCUAUGAGGAGGCAGCAAAGAUAUUUCGUGAAAUCGACGAUGAAAAGUCCCCAGAAUGGAUGAAGUUCCUGGGUCUAAUUAAGAAAAUGGUUGUCGACUCGAAUGCCAUGGCCCAGGAGAAAGGUCUUGAGGCUGCCCUAAUUUUUGUAGAAAAUUGCGGACAUGCUGGUAAAACGGUUGGAGAUGUUAUGUCUGGCAUAGUCCAGAAGUGUAUAGCCGCUCCCAAAACAAAAACGAAAGAUCUUUCAGUGCAGGUCACACUUAUGUACAUUGAGAUUGAAAAGCACGAGGCAGUUCUAGAGGAACUCAUUAAGGGAAUGGAGCACAAGAAUCCCAAAAUCAUAGCAGCUUGUGUUGCGGCCACAACAUUAGCCUUGAAAGAAUUCGGCAGUAAGGUGGUGAGCGUAAAGCCGCUCAUAAAGAAACUGGCUCCCCUAAUGAGCGAUCGCGACAAGAGUGUUCGAGAUGAAGGAAAACAGUUGGCCAUUGAAAUUUACAGAUGGAUUGGUGCGGCAAUGAAACAACAAAUAUCAACUCUUCCUCAAGUCACUAUCAAGGAAUUAGAAGAUGAGUUCGAUAAGCUCAAAGGCGAAAAGGCUGAGCCUACACGCUAUCUAAAGUCACAGCAGGAAAAGCAACAGCAAAUAUCCGCGGCUGCUGCUGAAAAUGAGGAUAAUGGCAAUGAUGAUGACGGCGAUGCUGGAGGUGAAGAAAUCGAUCCCAUGGAUCUGAUCGAUCCUGUUGAUAUCCUUUCAAAAAUGCCCAAAGACUUCUAUGACAAGUUGGAGGAGAAAAAAUGGACACUGCGAAAAGAAUCCCUAGAAGCUUUAGAGAAACUACUCACAGAUAAUCCCAAAUUGGAGAGCGGCGAUUAUGGGUCCGUAGUUACGGCCUUAAAGAAGGUUAUCACCAAGGAUUCGAAUGUGGUACUGGUAGCAAUGGCCGUCAAGUGUCUGGCCAUGCUGGCCAAGGGUCUGGGCAAGCGCUUCUCCCCAUAUGCAAUGGCCUGUAUUCCGUCGCUGCUGGAGAAAUUUAAGGAAAAGAAAUCAAAUGUCGUUUUGGCCUUACGCGAAGCUAUGGACGCUAUAUAUCCGUCAACAAAUCUGGAAGCCAUGCAGGAGCACAUCGUAGAAUCGUUGGGCAAUAAAAACCCCAGUGUGAAAUCGGAAACAGCAUCUUUCCUAGCCAGAGCCUUUUCUCGCACGCAACCUGCAGCGAUAAACAAAAAGCUAUUGAAGGUCUUAGUUGCUACGUUAAUAAAAACUUUGAAUGAAUCGGAUCCCACAGUUCGCGAUUGCUCAGCAGAAGCCAUUGGGACUCUAUUGAAAUUGAUGGGUGAGAAACAAGUGGGACCUUUCCUGGUGGAUGUUGAUGCAUUGAAAAUGGCCAAAAUUAAGGAAUGCCAAGAUAAAGCAGAAAUCAAAAUUAAAGUUGCCGGCGCAAAGAAAGAAAGACCCUCCACGGCUCCCACAUCGGCCCCUUCCAGUAGAGCAGCUUCGGCAACAGCCCCAAAGGGAGGUUCAAAUGAGCCCAAGCCAGUUAGUCGACCCGCAACUGCUGGCGCCAAAAAGGUCGUGGCGAAAAAGACUGGCGCAAUCGCGGGUGGUGGUGGCGGUGGUGGAGGCGCUCCCUUAUCAAAGAGUGCCAGCACUGCAAAAGUGUUGGCCACAGAGCGCGAAAUGGCACCCGAAGAAGUUCAGGGAAAGGCCGAAGAGCUUUUACCACCCAACAUACUUUCGGGACUAGUGGACUCUAAUUGGAAGAAUCGAUUGGCUGCAGUAGAAAGUCUGCUGCAGCAAAUUGGCGAUUUCGAUCCAAAAACACCUGGAUUGUCACAGGUUUUGGUGAGGACUAUUAGCGGCCGUAAACCUGGCUUGAAGGAAAUGAACUUUCAGGUUUUGAAAUUCAAAUUGGACAUAAUAAGAACGAUAGCAGAGACAUGUCCCAUCACCGCCACCACAAUCGAUGUUGUGGUAAAUGAAAUAACCGAAAAAUUGGCAGACGUCAAGAAUGGUCCGACUGCUGCUGACGUUCUCACGGCCUUUGCGGAAGCCACCAAGCUUGAAUACGUUGUGGGCAAAGUGCUUUCCUUCGCCUUCGAGCAAAAAUCUCCCAAAGUUCAGUCAGAAGCAAUAAACUGGGUCAAUAAGGCAAUUUUAGAGUUUGGCUUCCAAAUUCAACCAAAACUCUUGAUAGAAGAUGUGCGGAAAGCAGUGCAAAGUACCAACCCAACAGUUAGGACCGCAGCCAUUGGUUUAGUGGGCACCAUGUCCAUGUACAUGGGCAAUGCCUUGAUGAUGUUUUUCGAUAGCGAAAAACCUGCGCUUCGAUCACAAAUACAAGUAGAGUUUGACAAAAACGUGGGCGAAAAACCCCCCAAACCCAUCAGAGGGGUCAAGAAGGCUGGCGGUGCUUCGGCAGCUUCCGCCGAUGUAGGCGGCGAUACGGACGGAGCAGCCGAUGAAGAGGAGGAACAGGAACAAAUGAAUUUGGCGGAUUUACUUCCAAGAGUUGACAUUUCUACGCAAAUAACUGAGGCUUUGCUGAAAGAGAUGUCCGAUAAAGACUGGAAGACUCGAAAUGAAGGUCUCAACAGACUGCAGACGAUUAUAAGUGAAGCACGUCUGAUUAAGCCAACAAUCGGAGACUUGGCGCCAGCUUUGGCAUUACGCUUGUUAGACUCAAAUGCUAAGAUCGCACAGACGGCACUGGCUAUUUGCGAACAGUUAGCCAACGCCAUGGGAUCUGGGUGUAAGAAUCACGUGAGGGUUCUAUUCCCCGGUUUCUUGCAUGCUUUGGGAGACAGCAAAAGUUUUGUUCGAGCAGCUGCUUUGAAUUGCAUUAACUGCUUUGGCGAAAAGGGUGGUUACAAGGAGUUCUUUGAAAAUGAAAUGAUUGCUGAUGCCCUGAAAUCCGGGUCUCCCGUCUUGAAGUCCGAUCUGUGGGCUUGGCUGGCAGAGAGACUACCACAGAUGCCGCCCAAAAGCAUAUCCAAGGACGAGUUGACAUCAAUGAUCCCGCAUUUGUACGCCCACAUUUGCGAUCGCAAUGCAGAUGUUCGCAAAAAUGCAAACGAAGCUGUUUUGGGUGUUAUGAUCCACUUGGGAUUUGAGGUAAUGGUUAAGGCAUUGGACAAACAGAAACCGGCGUCCAAGAAAGACAUACAAGCCGCAUUGGAUAAGGCCAGACCGAAUUUACCGAUUAAACCCUUGCCAAAAGGUAAACAACAGGCACCCAUUAUUGAGGAGACCAAGAAAACCGUCCGCGGUGGUGGAGGUGGAGCUGGGGGAAGCGCUGCUGCCGGAUCACAAAAGGCGGCAGCUAAUAAAACUUCAGCUGCUGCCAAGGGCGCCAAUACAUCCUCAUCGCGCAAGAAGGAGGAAGACGUCGACACUUCUCCACUACUCGCUGUAAACAACACCAAAAAUCAACGACUAAUUGAUGAGCAAAAAAUGAGAGUUCUGAAGUGGACAUUCACUACACCUAGAGAGGAAUUCAUCGAUUUGUUGCGCGAACAGAUGACAACGGCUAAUGUCAACAAGGGGUUAAUGGCCAAUAUGUUUCACGAUGACUUUAGAUACCAUUUGAAGGUUAUUGAAUCGUUGAUGGAGGAUUUGCCCCAAAACCCGAAAGCCCUUAUUUGCAAUUUAGACUUGAUUCUGAAAUGGCUUUCGCUGCGCUUCUAUGAUACCAACCCUUCUGUCCUCAUUAAGGGCCUGGAGUAUUUGCAGCAAGUGUUUGAGACAUUAGUCGAGCAUGAAUAUGUUUUGGCAGAGAAUGAAGGUAGUUCAUUCGUACCACAUCUAUUGUUGAAGCUUGGCGAUCCCAAGGAUGCUGUCCGAAACGGAGUGCGCUCUUUGCUGAGACAAAUAAUUUUGGUCUACCCCUAUGCUAAAGUGUUUGUCUACGUUAUGGAUGGUCUGAAGUCCAAGAACGCUCGCCAACGCACAGAAUGCCUGGAUGAGUUGGGAUAUUUGAUUGAAAACUACACCUUAACGGUGUGCCAACCGUCGCAGCAAGCGGCCCUUAAAGAAAUAGCAAGGCACAUAUCGGAUCGAGACAACAGUGUGCGCAAUGCCGCCUUGAAUUGUGUGGUACAAGCCUACUUCCAAGCUGGGGAGAAGGUCUACAAACUUAUUGGGCAAAUGAACGACAAGGAUCUGUCCAUGUUGGACGAGCGCAUCAAGCGGGCCAAAAAGCCUCAACGAAAAGCUCCCGAAGCCAACGUCAGUGCUAAAUCGAGCCCAGUUGUACAACAGGACAGUAUUGAAAUUGAGGAUCCUUCUCCGAAUGGCUGUGACGAGUUGCCGCCACCAGAGGAGCACAAUCAGAGUUCUGAUUAUGAAGCGAAUGAUGCUAAUAAUUGCUCGUUGGAAGAAAAAGAUGUGCGCGCGACAUCGCUCAUACGACAAGCGACAUUUGAUCAGCCCGUCUCAACGCCAAUGGUUAAUUUGCAACAACAUCACAUACAAAUGCAACCAAAGACAACGGGGCCAUUUGGCUUGGAUCCAAAUAAAAUAGCCGAAAUUGAAGAGAACUGGGUUCGAGUCGAUCAGAUUGAACGAGUGGUGGUGCCAAACGUAGACAUAUCGCUGCUCUUUGAACCCAUUAAAGUACUGCCGACAAAGGAUGGUAUUAAAUAUCCCCAGGAGAAAUUCGAUCAGUUGUUGUCGCGUUCGCGCUACAUGCAACAAACCCAUACCACACCUCCCCCGCCUUCGGCAAUGGGCAGUGGAGGUGGCGGCAUUAUGGCUAAUAAUGUUUCACCCUAUAUGAGUCCCCAGCAACAGCAACAACAAUUUAAUGCCGCCCUCUACCAGCAACAGUCCUUUGGAAAUAAUUCGACCAAUUUGGCCGAUGUUCUGCCAAAGCAUGAUCCACAUUUGAUAAAAAUUAUUAAGGCCACUAGCAGCACAGACACUCUGAAGGCGAGGGCAGCGAUCAAUGAACUCAACGAGAUCAUAGAUUCUCCCGAAAAGCAAGCAGUUUUACGUGACUAUGAGGAGAUCUUCAUACAAAAUGUGCUGGCACAACUAAAGAAUCUUUCCCAAAUUCCUAUCUCAGAGUCGCUGGUUGUUUACCAACCUUUGCUAUCGAUUCUGUACUCAUUCUUCCUCUCCAAAACCUUGGGCAAGACUUUGAGUGUGGCUUGUAUCAAAAAUCUUAUGUCAGUCCUGCUGCAUUUGCUGGCUGAUCAGAAACUAAACACGGGCGAUGACGGUCAAUACAAUAAAGUCAUCAAUGGGAUUUGUGUUAAAGUGCUGGAUAAGUCCAACUUUACAAAUAUGAACUGUGCUUUAAUUCGUUUGCUGCGCGAAACAUGUCCAGAGGCUGGCCUUCCCAAGUUCACGGAUCUCUUGAUGAAAUGUAUAUGGCGCAAUGUCAAAACAUUGCCCGAACGUAGCAAUGAGCUUAACUAUGAUGCCGUUAUGUUGGAGGUACAUGAAUUUAUGUUAGCUUUACCCAGUUCCUGGUGGCAAACGAGGCCCUCAGACACGCCCUUGCGAACCGUUAAAACAAUCAUACACAAUAUGGCUAAGGUAAAGGGCAAUGCCAUCCUGCAACAUCUAAAUCAAAUACCAACACACUCGGAACUACAUGCGUAUCUAAUUAAAAUCCUCAAGAACCUGCAAAAGGAAGGGAAUCUGCCAAGUUCCUCACCCCAACGUUCGAUAUCUUCCAAAGACUUAUUGGCCAAACAGCGUAUUUCCAACCAGGCUCACGAGACCAUGUCCCAGAUAUUCAAGCUCAUAUCCGAUAAAGAGACAAAGCAACAAGGACUGCAGAAAUUAUAUGAGUUUAAGUCCAAGAAUCCAGACAUCGAUGUGUCGGCGUUCCUUAAAGGAGCCAGUCCAAGCUUCCAAAAAUACAUUGAAGAAGGCUUAGCCGAAAUCCAGCGUAGCACAGGCAAUGUAGGCGAUGUCAAUCCAGCGCAAUGCAAUCUUGCAUCGCAAUCAAAUGACAAUCGUUUAGCUCCUCGGUCUUCGUAUCUCACAGAGCCCAACUAUCAAAAUCAACAAUGUCCCGCAAUUAGCGAUAGCACCGGCGCUAAACCUGAUCCCGACUUUUGGAUGGAUAGACUGAAUCAUUUGAGAGCAAAGGCUAACCUGGCCCCUCAUCGAAAUCCCGAUGGUAGUCUCGUCAGCAACUCCCAUUUCCCAAUGAUGGACAAUAAAGUGAUGGAUGAAAAUCUCAGCUUGAAUUCCAUGAAUGCCCAAAAGGUAUCUGUUAUACGAAGAGAUAAACCGGAAAUGUCACCAAAUCGCUUGCAACACAUACAGGCCAAACUGGCCCAAAUAAAGAAGGAAAGCCACACCUAGAUCCAUCCAUCCAUAGAUAUAACCGUAUAUGGCUUAUGACACAUCUACACAUAUAUUGAGUAUACUUCAAUUUUGCUCUUACUAAACAAACGUUGAAAAAAAGAAAAAUUCCACACGUUCCGAAUUGGUCUCUCCAUAAGAUGAUGGGUGGCACAGACACACCCUUUUAUUGCAAAAUCGCACACUUCUAUUUUGGACAAAAAGCCUUUGCGCUCCUCUCUUCUGUUCUUAGUGCACAUAGUUUUGCAAGUGUAUAGCUCAGAAGGAGUAAAACAAAGUACUUUUGUCAAGCCAAUUUACUCCUUGAAUCCAAUACUCAUGGUCGUCGUCAUCAUUCUUAUCAUUGGAAGUAAAUUGGAACAACAACAAUAGCUAUAGAAACUCACACACACACACACACACACACAACACAACUUCAUUGUUAUCCAUCAUUAGCCAUGCAUUACAUAUUAAAACCCCCUGCCCCCGAACGUA